AUGAUGCGCGCCAAAAGAACCAACACACAGCCCUUAGAAGAUGCCUCUACUGCCCCCGCAACCUUCAAUGAUGGCCUCCCCCUCCCAAAGCUGAUCGCCUUUGAUCUGGAUUACACUCUGUGGCCAUUCUGGGUGGAUACACAUGUCAGCGCACCGAUCAAACCACGAGAUAAUAAUUCCCGGUGUACCGACAGGUGGAAUGAGUCGUUCGCCUUCUACCCCGCUGUAUCAGCGAUCAUCUAUGCCUGCAAAACUCACUCGAUUCCGCUAGCUCUGGCUUCCCGGACCCAUACUCCCGACCUUGCUCGGGACAUGCUCAAGGCUCUUCACAUUAUUCCAACUUUCUCUGAUAACCCCGCAGCUAAGGCGAAAUCAGUCCGUGCCUUAGAUUAUUUUACAUACGUUCAGAUUUUUCCGGCGAACAAGACACAACAUUUCUCGAAGAUUCACCAGGCUAGCGGAAUCAACUACGAGGACAUGCUCUUCUUCGAUGAUGAGGCGCGCAAUCGAAACGUUGAGACAGAGCUUGGGGUCACAUUUUGCCUCGUUCGAGACGGUAUGACCAAAGAAGAGGUUGAUAGAGGUGUCUGGGCAUGGCGUAAAAGGAACGGAAUCAAGCCUACCGCACUAAACGAAGAUAAUGGCGAGCCGGCGAAUUGA